CCCCCCCCAGUCACUGUGGAGUAUAAAAGGCUCACUUUGACCACCAUCCAGGGCACUUCACCACUCCCACCAUCAUGCCAGUCAAUCUCAACAACCUACUCAACAGCACCCCAGUCUCACCCCCACACUCACACUUUCAUCCCAGUAAGAACCAAGGACCAUCAGCAAUCGAACUCUCCAACCUACUCUCGCCAGCAGUAGACACCCAUCGAUCAUUACCCAAUCAGCAGCAACAGCAGCACUACUACGACUACGACAAUCAGCCAGAAGAAGAAGAAGAAGAAGAAGAGGAGGAGGAGGAUGAAGAGCAGAAGCAGUUCCUCGAGGCUCUCCAAGCACCACCACCAUUAACCCAACCCUCUACUCACACCCUCCCCGCCCCGAUCUUCAAUCGCACACGAGCUCCCAAUCAAUCCAAAUUAACAUCCUACCAACGCCCAAUUCCUUUCACCUCCUUCUCUUACGACGAGCAUCGUCUGAUUCGCACCGGCAACUCCCAGUUCGACUCCCUCAGACCUUUCCAUGUCCCUCAUGACUUCCUGGGCUUCGAUCUCGCCCAUCGGUUCGAUCAGGCUGUCCUUAGAGAUGAAUCUAUUGAUGAAGGUAUCGAUGGACUCCUAGUCAGUCUAAUAGAUUUUUUGGAUAAAGCUGAUCCAAAAGAGCGACUAGAUAUAUGCCGAGGAGUAUUAUCAGCGGGGUUAAUAACCUGGCGGGGAGUAUUAACGAAGCUAUGCUCGACGGUAUAUGAGACGGGAGGGGAGGGGGAGAGAGGAGGAUGGACGAAGGAGGUAAUGAUGGUUGAUGGGACGGUGUACGUGAUCGAUGGGCCGAAGACGGCCAGCGAGGACGGGGGCUCCUCGGCCCACCAGACCUACUACGGCCAUUCCUACGAGAGUCUGGUCACCAACCCGGACGGCUUCCAGGACGUCAAUACUAACACCCAGUGGGUCGCCGUCGUGAAGGCCAACCUCAAUGGGAACAGGAUCAUCCUCGGCGGCGAGGUCGAUUGCAUCGAUCCCUUGGUGUUCAAUCAGGUCCAUCAGCAACUCUCGAACCCUCAUCCUCACCACCAAUCUCCGCCUCCGAUCCCUAUCGAUCACUUCGUCGAAAUCAAAACUUCGGUCAUCCCCUCUUCUGAGCGCGAUCAUUGGAACCUGUAUCGGUUCAAGAUGCUCAAGUUCUGGCUCCAAUCCUAUCUAUUAGGAGUGCCGAAGAUCCACGUGGGGUUGCGAGACCGUAGCGGAAUAGUACGAGAUGCGCAGGACUACCCAACGCACGAGAUACCGGUGCUAGUGAAGCAACCGCAGACGAAGCCGGGGGGACGAUGGUCGAGCGAGCUAUGUCUAGAGGGCGGUGGGGGGAUCAUCUCCUUUGUGGUCGAUCGACUGAGGCGGGAUGGGGCGGAGGGAGGGCAGAGUCGGCAGAGACUGUUCCAGGCCCGGCUGGAGACGAUCAUCGCGCAGGAGGCCGCUCGAUGGCGUGCUGAAGGUGCGCCAGCCCAGCCCGGUCUCUCCGACAGUUGUUUCCGCCAGAUCGCCUCGCUCGCACAGUGGCCAGUCUACUCCCUCCGCUUCCGGCCCGCCCAGAACCAAGGCGUCCCCGGCACACUCGAGCUUGUCGAAUCUCCCGCGGAGCUCGUCGCUCAAUCAGUCGCCCAUCGAAUGUCCGAUCACCUCUUCGGCUUCCUUCAUCCUCUCUCAAAUCCCCCUCAUGAUCAUCGUCAGUCAUUCAAACCUUCUAGAAUCGGCUUCCUUCCCUCCCUCUGGAUCAAUUAUCUCGUCCUCACUCGGGUCCAACUUGCACUCGAAUCGGACCCCUCCUCUGCCUCAAGAAACUUUAAACAUCACUCAUCAACUUGAUUUAUCUCCGUUUCCGAUAUAUAUGUAUAUAUACCGGUUACUAUACCUUAUCUGGAAACUCCUCUUCCAUACCCAUUUUGACCAUAUCCGUUUCAGUCUUUUUUUUUUUUUUUGGGGGGGAGGGGGGGGGGAAGGG